AUGGCGGUUUGGGCUCUCCGAGUUCUCUCAGCCCUGAUUGUCAUAAUUCUGGCGUCUCUCCAGCUGGCCAGACCAAAUUCCCAGCCAGAAACCCUCAAAAAUGAUAAUGCCAUGUGGCGCCAAUUCGUUUUCGGAGAGGUCAACGAGCACCUCGAACAAGUUCUUGCAGAUGCAAGAACACGUGCUGCCAGAAAGCUUCGACCAUCCGACCCCUUCACCAGCACCGACGAAAUUUGCCAAAGUGACGAAGCCCAUGCGCUUGGAAAUCUUUCCCCGGAGACAAGCCCAAGCUUGAAAUAUAGCUUGGCCAUCGAUGCGCAGAACAUCGCAGAACAGACUUGCUCGAAUACGACCAUUCAUACGGAUCAAGCGACCGUGGGCUCUUCGGCACCUUCAAAGCCAUCAUUGACUGCAUCGUCAGACACCAUGGACAAGCCUCCACGUCGCAGCGACAUUUGGGACAUGCCCACAAGCGACUCGGAGAACGCAUCUCUGCGGUCCCGUCCGCGCCCACUCCAAAACCAUGGCGAAGGAGACGAAGGAUUCAGGUUCUCGCGACCCAGACCGUUCAUUGGCAAGAAAACCAGUCAUUUGGACGAGGGACGACAGAUUGCACUUUCUCUGGGCCAAAUUCGUGGCAAGACUGUGACCAGACGCCGCCAGAAGCGGAGCGGUAAUACGAGGACUGAUAUUCGCAAGCUGCCUAACUUCAAUAGCGAUCCCAUCGAGGAGGUCGAGGAACAUGCCUCACGUCAGCGAAACGAGGAGCCAUCCUUGUUUGGUCCGCUUGAUAUGGAAGAGAAUGCUUGA